AUGGCUCAACCUAGCGCGCAGGAAAGUGAGCUUCAGCUCUUGCCACCGGUGUUUAGCGAAGCUGAAAUGGUACCAUCUGAAGCGGAUGAAAGAUCAAUACAAGAUGGCAUGGAAAGAGAAAUCAUAUCAGGCCGCACGAGCAUCUCUACGUCAUCAAGCACUCAGGUGUAUGUGGACAGGUGGCCGGUUGAACCUCAAAAGCUGAGAAGAAAUGCCCAAUCCGACACCUUCACUACAUUCCUUGAAAUUAUUCUAGCUUUGCUUCCCGGUGUCUUCCUCGCGCUUGCUAUUACUGUCAUCCGUCUUGACGGUGAUGAGAUUUCCGAUAAUGGAGCGAAAGUUAUCCAAGCGAUAAAUCUCACACCCUCAAUAUUUCCUAUUGUAUUUGCCGCCAUUGUUGGCAGUAUGAUGCGCAGCCUUGCUCUCUGGCGGGCGGAAAGGUGCGCCUCACUUGGGACUUUAGAGCAACUGAACGGAAGCACUAGCUUUGCUGGAACAUUCUCGUUGGUGCUUGCCUUACGUCGACCUAGCAUCUUGACUCUAUGCAUUCUCCUCCUCUGGACAAUGUCGCCCCUGGGUGGCCAAAGCGCCCUCAGAAUGAUCUCUGAAACCCCAUCGUCCGUGUCAUCUGAUAUCGCGCUUGCCUUUAUGAACAUGAGUAAAGCACCAGGGCUAUCAGGGGCGAGCGGCUUCUACACAAUCAAGACUCCCAUGCGAUCAAUUUAUACGACAUCACUUAUUGCAUCCAAAGAAGCCAAAGCAUCUCGUCGAGACGUAUGGGGCUGGCCAAAGAUUCCACUGCUGCGUACCCUUCUGCCCUCUGACGGUGCCUUAGAAAGCGGCACGAACCCAUGGAGAGCGGUCCCCUCUGACAGUACCUUGACCAGCUAUUCCUCUCUACUUGGCCUUGUAUUACAGGGUGUCCCACCUCACGGGAACGUGGAAUUUCCGGUCGAGUCCUCAUAUUUUGACCUCGACUGCUACUUCAUCGCAAAUAACCUCACGUGGACCGAGGUGUUAGAGAGGAUGGGCAGUCCACUGCUCCUUUACCAUAACGCUUCCAGGCUUUUUGGUGAUGGAACAAACUACAGCAACUUUUUCGUCGAUACCAGUUUCAAUCUCACAACACUAGCCAACACGCAGUCGCAAAUUAACUUAUUCUACGUCUCGCAAGAGUACCCUCCAGGUGGUUAUGCAGGGCUGUUCAACUGCACAAUCUCGACGGUCCCCGUCGAGUCUUGGGUGAUCUGCCAGAGUGCCGACUGUGCAGUUUCACGCAUGCGCCAAUCCACCAAGGACACCCGACCUGCCAGCUCGACACCAUUCUCUAGCCCCGAGUAUCCGGGAUAUUUGGGUCCUGUCCCGUUGGAAAUCCUCAUCGGCGAGUUCCCUCAAGCAGCCAGCGAGGUGAAUACCUACCAAUCCUCCCCAACAGACAGCUACAUCUACGGGGACACCGUGCUUUUAAACACCGAAUACGAACGUAACUGGAGCACGAUGGAUCCGCAGAUCCUCUCAACUAGAUUAACUACCGUGUUCAAUACAUGCUGGCAGAGCGCAAUCGCCCCGUUUACAUUUACCAGCGCUGUCCCCUCCAACCCCGUCAACCUCACCCCCGCCGGAUCGGGGGAUUUUAUCCCAGACUUCAACGCUACCUCCGGGACUGCCUCUCACGGUGUGACAGUCUAUUGCACCAACACAGCCUGGGUAACGGUCUUUAUAAUCUCGACAGCCCUCCUGCAACUCUGUGCAUUGACCGGCAUAUUCCUCCGUUCUACUACCAGGGCGCCUGAUAUUCUUGGCUAUGUCUCAUCCUUAACAAGGACAAAUCCGUACGUCCCGCUUCCAAAGGGGGGAAGUGCGCUUUCUGGUCUGGAACGCGCGCGGCUACUACAAAAUAUACAGAUCCAGAUUGCGGAUGUGGAGUGUAGUAAGGAUGUUGGGUAUCUUGCGGUCGUUAGUCCGGGUGCUGUUGGAGGUGCAGGGGAUACAGGGUCUGGAGCUGGAGCUGGAACUCAGAGACUCCGUCGUGGUCGGCGGUAUGCGUAG